UACAAUCUUUCCCCGUCCCACCGCCAGCCAAUCGGCAACCAGCCGUGACGGUGAACCCCGUCUUCCCGGCCCACACAUUAACCAGAUCCCGUUUGCUACUCUUCUCGCGUUCUCUUUAUAUAAUGCUUGUACAUGUAUAUGAUGUGAGAUUCCUCUUACUUGGCAUCCAACGGCUAUUUGCUGACCAACAAUCAAAUAAAACGUCACUCCUUCGCCUCCCAUCAUCCUCCCCAUCGCUCUCCCACCUCCACAGUUUCCUCCUGGUGGCUGGGAAAGGGGUUGCAAAAUUUCUGUAGCUAAACAAGAAAGAAGAAGAAAAGAGGAGAACAUGGUCGUCCCAUCUAGCAUUGCCAACUGCCGCCGGCUCUCGUGGGCAUUCCAAUUCCUAGCAGCAAUGCUAAUAAGUGGGUGCUGGUGCUACCAGUACAAAGUGGGGGAUCUGGACUCCUGGGGAGUGCCCCCAUCCUCCAACCCCCACGUCUACGCCCUCUGGCCUCAGAAGUACCACUUCCGUCUCGGCGACUCCCUCUUGUUUCUCUACCCGCCGAGCCAGGAUUCGGUGAUCCAGGUGACGGAGCGGGCGUACAACAGCUGCAGCCUCACGGAUCCGAUAAAGAAAAUGAACGAUGGCAACUCGGCGUUUAAUCUCACGGUACCCGGCAAUUACUAUUUCACUAGUGGCGUCCCAGGGCACUGCCAGAAGCUUCAGAAGCUGGCGAUCGCCGUCCCUGCAGCUAAUGGCACCUUCUUCCCGCCGGCGGCCGAUGCGCCGCCGCCGGGCGCGUCGUCGGCGCUGCCGGCAUCUUCGCCUUCGUAUCCCAUCGUCUUCGGACCCUCGCCGCCGCAGGGAUCGGGAGCGGUGUCGCUCGGGGCCUCCGUGGCUGUUUGGUCGAUUGUCGGUUUGGUUCUUCUGAGUCUCCUGUGAGAGCAGGGAUCUAGAGAGUGCUGAUACUGAGAUGAGGGCCAUCGGAAUUGGAUCUUGGAUCUGGAUUUUCCGUUAAAAAAUCUAGAUCUCGUUCAUUUUUAAUUGUCGGCACUUUCUUUUCUUUUUUGG